AUGCCCGGCAGGCUCGAUCCCCGCACAUUUCCACACUACUGCGGGGGACUGCCGGAGUACAUGUCCUCAAAGGGGGUUCAAGACCGAGCAGGAGAUGUCUCCCUGCGGGCUAUGACCGGUUGCGACCGCACCAUGAUCUUUUGCAACUAUUUCUCAUCGAGCGCAUUCCCAAUACAGGUGUUUGUUGCGUUUGGUAUCCAACGCACAGCUUUUGAAGGCAUUGAUGACCAAAGUAAUACCUCGGUGUAUACUCAUGGAGCGAAAAUUGGCCGAACAAGCUUUUCUCGGGAGCAUUGUUCAGGAAGCUCAGUCAUUGGCUCAAAACUAGCUAUCAAGGAUCGCGUAGUGAUGUUUGCGAAGCUCCCCACACCCGAAAUGAAGGACCAAGAUUGGGAGUUUGUGGGGAAAAGGCGGGGGAAGUUGCUAGGCUUGGACCCCGUCCCUGUUGUGAUUCGUAGGGCGGAUAAGACGUCUUCCGGAGAGGAGCUCUCAAGGUCUCAACAGCAUGCUGUGUUUGGUCUGGGCACAGUAUCCAUAUUGAUGAGGGCUAUUUGA